AUGUCUGAUUGGAGUUUCCCCGACGUAUCCUCCAGCCGUAGUCAGUCAGAACGACGUAGGGUGCAUCAUCUGAUCCAGGUUGACUCCAGUGACGCUGAUAAUGACCUUUUGGCUACUGAAUAUCCGGCUAGCCGGAGCCCACAUCAGGGCCUGCCGGAAAGGAAAUUUCCGUUUGGUAGCAAGUCGACUGCUGCAGUCAAUCAUGGUGGCUUCUCAUCAGUGACGACGACGGAGUCGACGAGUAGAGCGGUCACAUUACGUCGACCGCGACCAGUGGCUCGCUUGGAACCGAAUACGCUUUUUAUAGAGGUAGUUCUACAGCGGGGUACCAGCGCUGGUCUCGGCUUCAGCAUUGCCGGUGGAGUCGGAAACGAGCAUAUUGAUGAUGACUCAGGGAUCUUCAUCACUAAGAUUACCUCAGGAGGGGUGGCAGAUACUGAUGGGCGAAUCUCAGUUGGUGACCGGUUGGUACAGGUUAACGACAAACCACUGGUGGGCAUAACGCAUGAAUACGCUGUAGACGUUCUCCGAGGUGCCGGAGAUCGUGUACACCUCUUCUUGGUGAAGCCUAGCCCUAAACUUUGGAAAGCGAUGGGCUCGGCUACACGAGAACUGGAUGCUCAGGAGACCUGGACAGGUUCUACGUCAGCCCGAGGCGCGUCAUUGUCAACUGGUUUCAGUACAGGUGCAAGUGGUACUGGUGUUGUAUCAUUAGACCCUGCGUCUCUAGAGGCUAAUGAUCGGGACUCGGGCGGAGACGAAGGGGUCGGCCUCAGUGGUGACAUUGGGGUUGCAGAUCUGGGUCAUAGGGACCCCAAGGAGUAUGAGACGAAAGAGAUGCAUAUGCUAGAACAAAGAAGGGAAGAAGAAAAGUUAUCGGUAGACUAA